UCCUUCCAUCCACUAUCUUAAAUUUUAACCAAAAAAAAAAACUUUGGAUCUCAUCUCCCGUUUCCCUCGUUGACUUGUUGAUGGCAGAGCUCCAACAUUUCUCCCAUGAAUGCCCAUUGACUUGGCCAAAGAUCGUCGCCGAGGGGAUUUGCAGCAUUUGCUACAAAGAUGAACUUGUCGAGUUGGCAUGUAGCCCUUGCGAUUUCAAUAUUUGUAAAGCUUGCUCUCAACGUCCGCAGAAGGUGUCACACGAUUUCCAUCCGGAUCAUCCUCUAGAAUUUUGUCUACAUCAGUACGAUCAGAAACCGGGACACAUCGUCUGCUCGGGGUGUGGACACAUGUCUUCUGGCUCUUUCUAUAAGUGUAAAGAGUGUGAGAUCUACUUGGACUUGGACUGUGCGCUCAGUGAAAACAUCUUCAGGGGCUGGGGUGACAAAGACUUGCUCCAUUACAGCCAUUGCCACUUGCUUAAGAGGUGUAGACCGGGACCAGACGCUAGAGGAUCUUGCCUUCUCUGUGAGCUUCCCCUCUCUCCCUCUGCAAUAUGUUAUGGUUGCGUUCAUUGUUACUCAUUUGUUCACGAACGCUGUAUUGAUUUUCCGAGAGAGAUUGCACAUCCUGUGCAUCCUGCACACCCUCUCAAACGACUUGAUUACACACGAACUAGUCGUCGUUGUGGUAUAUGCGGGGAAAUCAUUGCCAGUGUCCCAUUUGGUUGCCUAGAAUGCGUUUUUGACGCUCAUUUGAGGUGUUUAGAUUCCUAUUUGCGAGGUCUUAUGCACAAGUCUCAUCAGCACAUGUUGAUUUAUAGAACUAAAUCUCACAUAAAGUUCACAGAAAAUGAUCGAUGUCAAAUAUGCUGGAAACGUAAUGUGAUAUCUGUUGACUCUUUUUUUUGCUGCAUACAAUGUUGUAUGGUUUUCCAUUUCGAGUGUCUUGAGAUACCUAAGUUUGUGGUCGACAAGUCUCAUCACAUUCAUCCACUUGUGUGCAAAUUGCUCCCAUAUGAGGAUGAUUUUUUGGAGUAUUGUGGCGUUUGCGAGACAAUGGUAUAUGUAGGACAUCAUGCUUAUUCCUGUGAAGAAUGUGAUUUUCUAGGCCACAUUGAAUGCAUUCUACGCAAGGAAGCGCCUUCCCCAUUAUACUUGAAAGAUCUUUACGCUUGCAGCAAAGACAACACAAGUUCAACAAAUCAAGAGGACCAUGAUACCAAUGAGCUAGAAACCAAACUUAUGGUUAAUAGUAUGAAGGGGCAUAUUCAUGUGAUGAGAUUCGUUAAUUUCAAUGAACUCGAUGAAACUGCAAAUUGCAACAUAUGUGAAACAGAAAUACUUGGUAGUCCAUGUAAAUGCGAGACAUGCAGCUUCCAGGCACAUAAUUUCUGCGCGGAGCUAGGGCGACCAUUGAAGCAUCGAGUUCAUAAGCAUCCUUUGACACUCUUUCCAGAGACCCUUGCAGGUGCAGACGUUACUAUGAAUUGUGACAUCUGCACAAAGGAUAUCAAAGGGUUCAAUCUCUUUUGUCGGCUAUGCAAUUUUGUCAUCCAUACCAAUUGCAUAUUUAGAGGUAAACAUUUAUUUACUGAGUCACAAAGGGGGCAAAAAAUCAUAGGAAGCUGGGAAGGAAGUAAAUGCAUUCAAGAAAAGCAUCAGUUGGAUCAAAUUAUGGUCACAAAGUCGUAUUCGAUGGCUUGCGCUAUUUGUGAAGAGAAUGUGUGUGGAAAAGACAAGAUCAUACACAUGUCAUCGCUUUAUCUUUCAACAUUUGAGGAGCGUCUGAUCAUACAAAACUCACUUGUUUCAUGUACGGCGUGUGGAGAUGUAUAUCAUCCUCUGUGUUUGGAAAUUGAAAGGCAAAUAAGAUUAUAUCAUCCAAUUCAUCCUGAUCACAGCCUUGGAGUUUCAUUUGUAAGUGGAUCCAAGUGCAGAGCAUGCAAGCUGGAAAUUAAAAAGUAUGGCUAUCAUUGUUCCACUUGCGACAUCAGUUUUCAUAUUAAAUGCAGCAAAGCGGUAAGAUUGCCAAAGGAGAUCAAGCCCCACAGACACUGUUUCUAUCACUUUUGGAUUGCUGACUCGGAGAUCACUCCGACCUGCCGUGUGUGCGCUAAACCGUGCGGUGUGUCGUUCUACGGAUGUAUUAGUUGUGUCUUCAACGCCCAUGCAGUGUGUAUUGGGUUUCCAUCAAAUAUGAAGAACCAAAAACAUCAGCAUACUCUCGUGGUAGACGGAGGUCGUGUUUUUCCUGGUUGCUGCUUUCUCUGUGGAGUAAGUAUUGGGGUUAGGAAAGUAUCCGGAACCAAAUGCUCCAAUGUGUGUUAUUCAUGCAAACACUGUAACGAAGUGUUUCACCUCAAAUGCAUAAUGUCUACGGAUGACCGUGAAGCUGCAACAGAAGAGGAUCAAUAUGGAGACAUCUAUCUUAUGUACCUUGAGCGUUAUCUCUUGGAGCUGUUAGAAAAUGAUGACCGAAUACGGUAUUCGUCUUAGUUUUGUCUUUACCGCCUCCCUGUAAGAACCAAGGAAGCCAACUUCACUUAUCUGAGGUUAUGUCUCUUUGCUUGAUUUGUGUUUACUUUUUCAGAGUGCCAAGUUUGAUGCUGGUGUUCCUGUACCACUGUGUUUUUCUCUAAGUUGUUUUUACCGUUUACUACAUUUCAAAAACGUUUGCAUUUUUAACACGAAUUUCUUACUAUCGUUUCAUCGGGGUUAACUCAAUAUUGGAUUCAAUGAUAUUCAUAAAGAAACAUGAAUUUACAAG